AUGCCGCCCCAUCCCAAAGACGACAGCUACGAGCCCGCCUCAUCCAGCGAUGCCCGCUCGCCCUGCCCGGUGCUCAACAGCCUGGCCAACCACCACCGCCUCCCGCACGACGGCCGCAACAUCACGGCGCCGCAACUCCGCUCCGCGCUGGGCUCGAUCGGGCUGGGCGCCGACGUCUCCGCGCUGCUGGUGUGGCGGGCCUUCACGAUCCACAGCGACGACUCCGAAUUUGGGCCGCACGGCUCCAUCGGCGGCCUCCGCGACGCCACCGACCUCAACGCCGCGGGGGAGCCGGUCCUCCACCUCGACAAGGUCGGCCGCCCGCACGCCAUCGAGCACGACGUCUCCGUCACGCGCCAGGACCGCGCCCUCGGCGACCCCAUCCCCCUCGACCCCGCCCUCUACGAGCAGUUCCUCGGCUCCACCCCGCGCGGCGGCUUCGGCGUCCCCGAGCUCGGCCGCUACCGGAAGGUGCGGUACGCCGAAUCGCUGAAGAGCAACCCUUCCCUCAAAUUCGGGCGCCGUGAGCACUACAUCGCCUGCGGGGAGUUGGCCGUGCUGCGGUGUUUGUUCGGUGAGGGGGCGGGCAAGGGGAUCCCUAAGAGCUAUUUGCAGGCGCUGUUUGGGGAGGAGCGCUUGCCGUUGGAGGAAGGGUGGAGGCCGAGGCGGUGGGUUAAGGCGUUUUUGCCCGAGGCUGCUGCGGUCAUUCUUGGGAUUUCGAGGUAUGCCUGGCCAUUUUGA